AUGCUAUACCCCUUAGUUGCAGUAUUCACAGCACUGGCGCUGUCAUCAACAGCAGCCGCUGCCAGAAUUUGUGGUAAUAGUACCACCUACCCUUGGCGAGUGAGCGAUGCGAGAUACGACAGCGCAGGCUCGGGCCAGAGCGAUGGCUCCGCAAUAGUCGCGGUGAGUAUAGUUCCGACCAAUAGGUCUUAUGGGACAUUCUUCGAAUGCGUGGCAUCGUGGCCGGAGGCCUGGCAGGGGUUCGAAAAUGGCGCGGACAACAUCGUCUGGAGCGACUGCAUCUGGGCUGGCAAUGGAUUCUCAGACGACACCACUGUCUCUUUCGCCAUGGAUUGGCCCAAUCACACCAUGUAUGUGUCGCAUACGUUCGGUUGCUCAGAUUCUCAGGGAGCCGAUGGCCUCGCGACAGGAAUCAUGCCUUUGGACAUGAGUUGCGCAACAACCGAGGAGGGCACCCGGACUUGUACGCUGGCGCCCAAGGCCUCGAUGGAGUUCACCACAAAGGGAGGCCCCACGCCACAAGAACCUGAUACGCGCUGUCCUGGCAGCGCGGACGCGUAUCAGUCAUGGCAGCUGGAGGCAUGGAAGAGGCAGUACGAAUUGCCCCCUGGCUCCUCAUUGUCUGACCCACCGAAAGAUGACACUGGUCCCGCAUUUGCUUUGAGGAACACGAGAAAUCAAGUGACCGAUUCAUUCAACUGCACAAAUACCGGGAAAGUCGAGGACGACAAAUUUACGGGGACCUGCGCCGCUGCAGGUGAGGCCUCUACGAGCACAGUGGACUUCGUGUUCGAUAGGAAGCUCAACAUGCUCACGGUCAACCAAAGUUGGCAGUGCGAUGGGGCCUCAUUCGACGCGGUUGGAGUGGGUUAUGUGCAAGCGACAUGCGAUCGACAUGGAGACUUAUUAACAUGCACCACGGGGCCAAUCUGGAUCGGGACGAAGACUCGCUGA